CUCGUCAUCUGAUCUGUCAAUUUUUAUUUGAAAAUGGCGGACGAUGCAUCAAGCAGUAGUGGUUGUGCCGGUAAUUUAGUGGACAAUUCAAUAAAUCAAGAUGAAUUGAUAAUGAAACAACAACGUGAAAUAGAGAAAGAGAUAUCAGAGACGAUACCUCUGGUUGGUGAACUUGAACCUUUAGCUUCUCUUGAAAAGGAAUACAAUGAGGAUCCGGUUUAUCUGUUAAAAGUAAAGGAUCUAUCUUCUAAAUAUAAAAACAUUAGGAGAACACGUCCCGACGGAAACUGCUUUUUCCGGGCCUUCUCAUACGCGUACUUAGAACACCUUCUGACAAAUAAAGACGAAUACGAAAAGUUUUACGAAAUAGCAAAAAACUCCAAAGAAAUUCUUCUAGCCUUAGGGUUUUCUCAGUUUACUGUGGAAGAUUUUUAUGAAACUUUUAUGGAAGUGGUACAGCGAGUAGGAGAGCAAGCAGGCGGUGCACCUGAAGGCCUAGAGCCAGUCCGCCUGGAGCUUCACGACAAGUUUAACAAGCAAGGUUACUCCGACUAUAUAGUGGUGUACUUGCGCCUUGUGACAUCGGGACAACUGCAAACACAGCAUGAUUUUUACCAAAACUUUAUAGAAGGUCCUCGUACAGUUACUGAAUUUUGCAGACAGGAAGUGGAGCCAAUGUACAAGGAGUCUGAUCAUAUUCACAUAAUAGCACUCAGUAAUGCUCUCAAUGUAGGAGUGAAAGUAGAAUAUAUGGAUCGCGGGGAGGGCAGUCAGGUUAUCGCUCACGUUUUCCCUGAAGGUGCGAAACCACUUGUACACCUGCUGUACCGACCCGGCCAUUACGACAUACUGUACGCAUGAUCACCACGCUGUGCUGUAUUAUUACAAUAAACUUAUUAAUAUGCUU